CCGAGGGGCUAGGUAGCAGUGCUGCUGCAAGGGUGUGGGGUGCUGGGCCUGGGUCAGUCAGCUAGCUAGCUACUUGCCGAAAGCAGUUACAUGUGAAGAUGGAAGGAAGCUACCGCCGUACCAACCUCUCUCCUCCCUCAUUGCAAUUGCCACUCACAGCCCCAGCAAGCGCGCCCAAAAACCCCCCGGGGCCCAAUCAGAUCACCUCUAAUUUCGAUCAUUUCGAUCACCCUACCAAACCACCCACCCAGCACGCGCAACCCCGUCCCUUUGUCCCUCCUCAACCCUCGCCCUCCCGCCUCCCUCACCUCCGCCUCAUCCUCUUCAUCACCACCACGACUCUCGGCACUUAACAAAGUUGUGGACCGUGGCGUGAGGCCGCAGUGCGCUGAAAGUCUGUGCGGCACGCGAUACGAGAAGGGCGCAAUAUGCGAGUAUUGCGGCCGCGCACGCGUGGGCGGGGGUGUUGAAUUGCGCAAGCGAGAAAGCCCAGCGGAGACACUGAGCUGUGCGAACGGACAGAGAGCGGGCAUGUGGGCUGUGCGAGCCACGAGCCUGCGAGCCAAGAAACUGUGGACUGUGCGAGUGUAGCUACGGUACGAGCCACGAGGGCGUGCGAACGGGCCCGCGAGCCGGGCGUGCGCGCCAGACCUGUUGCCGUUCGCGGUCUGCCUGGCUGUGGGCCAGUGCGUGGCGAUGCCGAAGCCGACGCAGUGCGAGGCGAUGCGAGGCGAGGGGUGGGGUGGGUGUGUAUGUGGUGGGUGCGUGGGUGGGGAGGUGGUGAGAGGGUGAGACCGCGAGGCUCGCUUGGGGGGAGGUG